AUGCCUGGCAAACAUAGCGACAGUGCGACGAGCGAGCUGUGCGAGAAGUGCAAGGAAAACAUUUCUAUUUUGGUGGUACGCGCGAAGCCAAUUUGCCAUGACUGCUUUGCACGAUACGUGCACACCAAAGCCAUCAAGCGGUUGGAGAGUUUUCGUGUGAACUUUGCUGCUUCUCCAGACCAGCAGCGCAAGAUUUUGCUACCCCUCUCGCACGGUGUCUCAUCAACAACUCUGCUCCACAUUCUUGAUCUGCAUCUGAACACACAAAGAAGCAAAACUAAUCGUACAGGCUUUGCAAUAAGUGUCCUGGUCGUCGAUGAAGGCUCUCUAGAUCCUGCACGAUUAGACAAGGUCCGUGAGCGAUAUGCCAACCACGACUACGCUUCUUUGCCACUCCACGACGUGUUCCGCUUAUUGCCAGACGACGCAUCUCUAAGAGCUUUUUUGCCAGAAUCGCAAGUUCAGGAAGUGUGCAGCACACAGGAACAGCUCACAUCGCUGAUAGCGUCUCUCACCUCAGCUACAGCUCGCGCGGACGUCCUAACUACGCUACGAACCAGGCUCAUCGUGGAACAUGCUAAGCAGACCGGAUGCGAAAGCAUCCUCUGGGGCGACAGUACAACCAGGCUGGCCGAGAAGACCUUAGCCGAGACCGCAAAAGGCCGUGGCUUCUCCCUCCCCUGGCAGAUAUCCGAUGGCAAAUCGCCCUUCGACAUCAACUUCCACUACCCCCUACGCGACGUGCUAAAGAAGGAACUAUUCUCCUACGUCGACCUAGCCGAGCCCGCACUAUCAGCACUCGUCUACGAACCACAAUCCGGCGCGACGCAAGCAUCAAUGAGCUCCAAGAACACUACUAUCGACGACCUGAUGAAGCAAUAUUUUGAAUCCGUCGAAGAAAACUUUCCCAGUAUUGUAUCCAACGUCGUCCGUACGACCGGCAAGCUCGAGGUGCCUACGGGUGCAACUUCCAACCCACGUUGCAGUCUGUGUGGCAUGCCUGUUCCCGACGGGCGCUUCGGCAUUCAUGGCUGGGGUGGGGACCAGCAUGGUGGAGCCGAUGAUGCGGCUGCUGUGUCUGGCGGGUCGCUGUGCUAUGGGUGUACGAGAUCGAUUCCUCAACGUGGUACAGCCGUGGCGUCGAAAUAG